GGUGGUGGUGGUGGAAGUUAUGGCGCAAGUGGUGGUAGUGAUAGUCACGGACGUAAAAAACGAGAUAUUAUGGAGCUUUUGGGUGGACAUUCACUUCGUGAAAAACGCUCACUGAAAAAUGGUCGCAAACGUACUGGCGUGAAUAUCGCUCAAAUCAAAAAAUCAUCUAAAGGAAUUAACAAUAUGGUUUAUAAUUUUACUACUUGA